UGGAACCAUCAGUCCGAGUCAGCUGUGAGAGAGACUGCAGUCUUUUGGUUCCUAGUAGUCGCUGUCAAAACUAUUUUUGUUUUUGUGUGUGUGUGUGUGUUUGUGUGUGUGUGUGUGUGCGCAGCUGAGGAUGUGAAAUCAACGUGGUCAGGAACCGCUGGGAGGACGACAACUCUGCUGGGAGUCAGCAACAUGGCCACCUUCCCGCUGCUCCUCCCGCUCAUCGUGGUGUGCAUGGCGUCCGCCGCUCGCCCGCCCCGCCACCGCCCUCCAUGCCGCACGGUCCAGAUGAGUGUGGUUGUCUGCAGUGAUCUGAGCCUUACCAGCGCCCCCAUCAACCUCCCCCCGGGCGUUCAAACGCUGGACCUCUCGCACAACCAGGUGCAGAACCUCACCCUGGAAACCCUGGCGUAUCGAACGGACCUCCGUCACCUCAACCUCAACUCAAACAAGAUCCUCUUCAUCCAGCCCGGACUCUUUGAAAACAUGACUGAUCUUAAAGUCCUGGAUCUGGCCGGUAAUCACCUGAAUGUCUUCGCGCUCUCCAAAACCAAAAUUGGGACUCUCGCAGCUGUGGAGACUCUUGAUCUGUCGAGCAACGGGUUGUACACCGGGAUGUCCGAUUUCUUAAUCGCGGACUCUCCGUCACUGCUGGAGCUGUCCUUGGACAGUAACAGCAUCACCAAAAUAGCACAAAACACUUUCAGGGGAGCUUUGUCCUUGAGGAAAGUCAGCCUCCACAACAACGUCAUUUUAGAGAUCGAAGACGGCGCCUUCGACUCUCUGGAUCAUCUCACUGAGCUCGACUUGUCCAAAAACUCCAUCACGUGUAUCACGGACUUUAACCUGAGUCGGUUAAAAGUGUUAAACCUCAACCAGAACAGUGUUGAGAUUUUCCAGAGCACGAGAUCGACCGACGUGUACGACCUAGUAUUUCUGGAUUUGAGUGAGAACAAGCUGGCUCGCUUUCCGCUCCUCCCAGCAAACAACACCAUCCGACAUCUAGACCUUUCACACAACCAGCUGCAGAGCAUCAACAUGACCGACAUGCUAGAAACGAAGACCCGUGUGGUUUUAAAUCACCUGAGAUACUUAGACUUGAGUUACAACCAACUCAAGGACACACCGCAGUCCUUUUUCCACACGAUGACAUCCCUGGAGGUGCUGAACGUGAGCAACAACUGCAUAGACUCGUUUUCGAUCGGCGAUAAAAACCUUCUACCCGCAGUGACAAUCAUCAACCUCAACUAUAAUUCUUUACAGAGACUUUCAUUCGGCGAAGCUACUCUACAAUCCUUGCGACAGCUUUUACUACAAGGAAACGACCUUAGCACCCUUGAACAGGAAACAUUCCAAAAACUUCCAAGUCUAAACCUCCUGCAGCUCCAGGAAAACAACCUGAAAGUCUGUCCCUUGGAUACAAAACCAUCUCCGUCGGACCCCAACCACAUCCACCCUCCAGACUGUGUCUCUUUCUCUUGCAUUCCCAAUCUAAAGUCACUUUACCUUUCUCAGAACAACCUAAAUAGUUUACCUUUGAGGGCAUUUGCUGGCACCCGUCUGAGCCUGCUGGACUUGUCCCUCAAUCCCGGUUUGGAAAUGCAUCCUGACUCUCUGUCCGGUCUUGAGCACACCCUAAUCCACCUGUUCCUAAGGGAAAACAACAUUUCCAAGCUGAACACGGACAUUUCCUCCUUGACGAGCCUCAAACUCGUAGACCUGUCCACCAACCAGUUGACCAGUCUCCCCACUUUGACCAGUGAGUCGUCCAUAGAAACUCUUAAUCUGCAGAACAACAGUUUAGUCACUCUAGAGCACAGCACCAUGGUCGCUCUGGAACGCUCGCUGAAAACGCUCUACGUGGGUUCCAACCCUCUCAACUGCUGCAGCAACCUCGGCUUCCUGUACUUGGUCCAGCACUCAGCCGUGGUGGUGCCCGACAUCGAGACAGUCACCUGCGUUCUCCAGGAUGACUCGGAACCGGUCAAUAUCAAAAAAGUAAGCCGAGAGAUGUGUCAUCGACCAAAGAAAGCGAACUACAUCAUUGGUAUCGUCGUGAUCGUGCUGUUCACGGCGAUCACGUUGGGACUGCUGGUGAAAUACUGCAAGUCGAGGAAACGGAAGCGCAUCAGAAGGUUUAGCGCAUGAACAACGUGUAGGGAGGACUUAUUACUUUUUUGAAGGCACGUGACACCUCAAUUUGGGUUUUAAAAUCUCUGAUUUGUACGGAGUUACAAAGGUUGUGCAAGAAAAAAAACUAGCAAACAUUGAAACAAUUUAGUGGGUAUUUACCUUUUGGUAAAUACCCACUAAAUUGGCCUACUAAAUUGGCAUACUCAGUGGCCUAGUGGUUAGAGCAGGGGUCACCAACCUUUUUGAAACCAAGAGCUACUUCUUGGGUAGUGAUUAAUGCGAAGGGCUACCAGUUUGAUACACACUUAAAUAAAUUGCCAGAAAUAGCCAAUUUGCUCAAUUUACCUUUAACUCUAUGUUAUUAUUAAUAAUUAAUGAUAUUCACACUUAAUUGAACGGUUUAAAAGAGGAGAAAACACGAAAAAAAUGACAAUUACAUUUUGAAACAUAGUUUAUCUCCAAUUUCGACUCUUUAAAAUUCAAAAUUCAACCGAAAAAAAGAAGAGAAAAACUAGCUAAUUCGAAUCUUUUUGAAAAAAUUAAAAAAAGAAUUUAUGGAACAUCAUUAGUAAUUUUUCCUGAUUCAGAUUAAUUUUAGAAUUUUGAUGACAUGUUUUAAAUAGGUUAAAAUCCAAUCUGCACUUUGUUAGAAUAUAUAACAAAUUGGACCAAGCUAUAUGUCUAACAAAGAAAAAUCAUUAUUUCUUUUAUAUUUUCCAGAACAAAAAUUUUAAAAGAAAUUCAAAAGUCUUUGAAAUAAGAUUUAAAUUUGAUUCUACAGGUUUUCUAGAUUUGCCAGAAUAAUUUUUUUGAAUUUUAAUCAUAAUAAGUUUGAAGAAAUA